AUGUCUUUCUCAAGAGCGCCUUUAAAAAGGUUCAACGAAGCUGUCGGUUGUGCCCCUGCACCGGGCAUCUACGACAUUAAAGCCGAAGAACCAAAGGGACCUGCAUCCUUUGAGAGAUCUGAUCGGUUUAAGCAUUCUAAGGCAGUGCCUCCAUCAUCCCCCUCCGGAGUCACGCUGAUGUCUCCAGUCAGAAGAACAAUAUCAUUUGAUGGACUGGUUGACAGGCCAAAUACCAGAAAGAAAGAACAUUCCAUGACCUUGAAAAUGAAACAACAUCAACUUUUGGAAAAAGAGAUCCGCUUACUCGUCCAGCAGAGAGGGGAGCAGGACCGUCGGAUAUUCUUUCUUGAAGAGGACCUCAAAAAGGCGGAGGCUAAACUUUUGGCGGCAGUUAGGGAAAAGACCUGCCUAACUGCCAACAUCACCUCCCAUGAAAGACAGAUAGCUGAACUAAAGAAAGUUAAUGAGCUGUUAAAAAACAAGGUUUCAGCUGACACAACAAAAAAAAAGAUCAAUUCAUUGACAAUGGAGCUAAUAGAAGCUAGGAACAAAUUGGACUGCAAAAAUAAGGAGUUCAGUGUUCUACAGCUCAACGCUGAUGCUCACCUCAAGGUGUUAGAAAUGGAUCUAAGUGCUACCAAGGAUGCUGUCAAAUCGCUCACAGACAGAAAUAAUGACUUGGAGGCGCUCCAUCAAAUGAUGAAAACCCAAAAUGAUGAGUUGGAACAGCAGAAUGACAGAUUACUUGCUGAGAUAAUUGAGCUAAAAGCGGAAGUCAAGGUUGUGCAGGGGUAUUUGGAUUCAGCCAAUGAUCAGAUUCAGGAACUCCGCUUAAAGCUUCAAGACAAAGCACAACAGGAUAUUCUCUGUAAUGCCGAUCAGCAGAACACAAAAGACCUAGAAGAGAAGCUAGAGCAGUGCAACAUAAAGCUUGAAUUUACUGAACUUGCUCUGAGGCAAAAAGAGGAGGAAGUGCUGAAAUAUCAGCACGCGAUGCAGUGCUCAAAAGAAGAUUUUUUAGAAGCAGACAGAAACUUGAAAAGCCGAGAGUUGGAGCUUAAGGCUUCGCAAAAGUCAGUGGAUGACUUGGAGACGCAAAUGAAAUUUAUCAACCAAGAAGUCCAGGAUUCCCAAGCAACAAUUAGUCAGCAGUUGACAGAGUUGGCUCUGCUACAGCAGGUGCUCCAAAAGACUGAGAGGGAGAUGGAUGAAAAAGUGGCUAAUCUUGAACAGAAGUGUAUGAAUUCGGCAGAAGAGAAAAACAAAAUUCAAGAGGAUGCCUCCAAGAGAGUGGAAGAGUUGACCACUGAGCUCAAACUGCUCAAGGAUGCUAACCGAGAUGAGGAAGAGAAACAGAUUCAGCUCCAGAAGAAACAUGAUUCCGUCAUUGAGGAACUAAUGAAAGAAAGGGCUCUGGUAGAUUCUCUGACUGUAAUACUAGAGCAACAGAGGCAGGAGUCGGAGGAGUGUCGGAAUCAGCUAAAUGAGGAGUUGGAGGAAGUGCUAGGAGAACUAGCUCUCAUGGAGGAACAGGAGCAAAGACGAGGUGAAGCAAAAGAUCAGGGUCAGAAGGAAGUCGUCAUGCUGAAGAGACAACUGAGUGAAACCAGAGAACUUUUGGAGCAUAAGAGCAAUGAAAUUUCAUUGUUGAAAGAUGGGCAUUCAUCAAUCAUGAGAGAACUCCAAGAAGCAUACACAAGCUCCCUGGAAAAAACUGAGGAGAUGUCUAAAGAACUAGAAAGUACUAAAGAGGCAUUAAGUAAAGCAGACGAAAGCCGGGAGAAAAUGAAAGAAGAGAUGGAAAGAUUGAUCCAGCAGAUGAAGGAGGAGAGUGACAACGUGAUUCAACAAAUGAGAUUGGAGAAUGCAAGAGUUUUGCAGGAGACACAGGCUUGCCUCUCUCAAAAAAAUCAGGAGAUGCAGAUUAUGGAGGAGAGCCAUGCUAUGAAAAUCUGUCUGUUGGAGCAGGAGUUACAGAGACAGACAAAAGACAAUGAAAAUGCACUGAUGCAAGAAGAAGCGCAGAAAGAGGCUCAGCUUCGCUAUCGGGAAGAAAUGGCCCAGAAACAGCUUGAGGAAGUCUGCCAGGAAAAGGUAAACAUAAUGGAACAACUGCUGCAAGAAAAAGAGGAUAAAAUUAAAUAUCAAGCAGAGCUUGAGGUGGAAAGGGCAGCCCUGGCGGCUGAAACUCAAGACAUCCAAAAUCUUAAGUCCGAUGUUUUCAGACUACAGACUGAGCUCAAUAGAUUGAGUGAGGAAAGAAUUCAGCUCCUCUCUCAAAUUGAACUCUCAGACCAAUCAAACCUGGCAUAUAAGCAUCAAGUGGAGGUGGUUGAUACAGAAAGGAAACAGGUUCAGUCUCACUUUGAUGAACUUCAGUCCGAGUAUAUGAAUCUUCGUGCACAAAGAGCCCUCAUGGAAGAGAAGGUGGAGGGUCUGUUGAACCAAAUAGAAGACCAACAGCAAGAACGGUGCGCUCUGCAGCACCAGAUUGACACACUGACUCAAGAGAAGGUCACACUUCACUGGGCGAUUGACGAGCAGCAAAAGAAAGUUCAGGAACAAAUGAUUGACGCACAAGAUAAGAAGUCAAAUUCUGAGACUGAACACUGGAGGACAAAGUAUGAAGAGCUACUUGCUAAAAUCAAACCUUUUGAGGAGCAGUUGAAUAACUUUGCUGCUGAGCGAAAUGCACUCCUCAAUCUAAAUGGAGCGAACCAGGAGGAGUUAAACAAACUGUCAGAUGCUUAUGCUCAUCUGCUGGGUCACCAGAACCAGAAGCAGAAGAUUAAACACGUGAUUAAGCUGAAAGAUGAGAAUUUUAACCUGAAACAGGAAGUGAUGAAGCUUCGCUCUCAGUUGAGCCGUCAGAAGAGUGAUCUGAGUACCCUGAAAUCAAAGCUUCCAGAUAAUUCUCAGCGCAAGUUUGAUCCCAGUAAAGCAUUCCAACACAAUAAGGAGAACAGACGCACUGAGGCAGCACCAGCUUUGAAACAAGAGAAUCCCACAGCGAAGAAAUUCUUCUAG